AUGACGGCCGGCACCUUACCCUCGCUUCAGCGCCAAUGGUGCUUGUCUCUCGCUAUUACAUGUCUUUUUCCAAUCCUGUCGGCAGCGAGUCCGUGGAUUGUUACUGCAAAUUAUGAAGAAGUUGUCAGCGUCGUACCCGGCUAUACUAAUAUCGCAUACGGCUACACUGAACCCGCGGAAACCUACUCCGACAUUAUCACCGUUACCUCUCCAUCCGGAUCUGCCCUAUCGACAUCCACUAUCACGGCGACUGACUACUAUUCGGAAACAUAUACCAUUGUCGAGGUCUUGUAUCCAUACAAUCCUACCCCAACUUCAACCGGUGGAGCGUACGCAACAGCAACCACGGAAGAUUAUAACUACGCCUACACGAACUACGUUGUGAACCUCGCCUACACAGCCCCGACCUCCUGCAGCACAACGUGGACCUAUACCACAGCCGUGUCAAUUGAACCACCUUAUGAAAUCGAAAAUGCACUCGUACCAACGAGUGUUUCUACCAGCUAUUCGGUGAACAACCGUAGUCCAUUCCAGCCCACCACCAUCACCGAAGUGUAUGCCUACAUAGAUCCGACCCAAGUGCCUGCUUCCAGCUUGUCUAUGCUUCGCUACAAUUACGAACCUUAUCCAUCAUGCUACAACCCGUCGUCAAAUGAAGAUACUUCCGGAGGAUCGUCAUCCUCGUCAUCCUCGUCAUCCUCCUCAUCCUCAUCCUCAUCAUCUUCCGGUAUCUACUCUUGUGGCUAUUACUACUGUAGUUCAGACGAUGAUUCCUAUAGCUGGAUCAACGAUCCUAGCUAUUAUGGUAUAUCCCCAUUGGCAAUCAUCCUGAUCACUGUUCUUGGGUGGUCAUUUGUCAUUUUCGUGGGUGGUCUGUUUGAGAGCUACUUCUAUUUCCAACGGUUAAUGAAAGGAUGGCAAGCUCGCCGUGGCCUACCAAUCACAUGGUGGUUCUGGAUAUUCCCAGUAACUGUUCUUAUUUGUCUAGGAUUCAGUCGGAGGGGAUUUCAAGCACGGAAUGAAGAAGACGCUCGAGAAUUACGACAAAAAUGGGAGGACAUGGGAUUCUGGAAGAGAAAGAGACUCUGGCUAAAGUAUGGAUUCACCUGGGGCUACCCUUCCAUGCUUGGUCCUGCUCCCCCGCGAGUGGCAAGACCCUUUAAUGCCAGGCCCACACAACCGUUACUUCAAGUGUCACCUCCUCCCACCGAAGCAGGUGGAACUAGUCGUCAACCGACACCACGGACAUCGAAUGGCGAUGGCGAUGAUGAUGUUGAAGCUGCUGCCGCAGCGGCAUCUACUUCUCAUCAAAGUCAACCGGCCAUGUCUGGUGGCCUGUCAUCUCAGACCUUGCAGGUGCCACCUUCCCUCCCGCAAAGGCCACAACAUUCGCCAAAUAGGUUAGUGGAACCGAUUCCUGAACAUGAUGAGAUUACAGAGGCGCCAACGACCGGUAAUCAACGAACUGGUGAAGAGGUCGCUGAGAAACCCGUCUCGGAAAAAGAAGAAUCUACGACUUCUUGA